AUGACGUCACGCGCGCGUCGGGCGGCGCGGGUUGGGCGGCGCGGCGGCCAAUGGGAGCGCGCGUUGCUGUACGACCUGUCAGCUUCCACGUUCUCCCCCGAUGGCAGAGUAUUCCAAGUUGAAUAUGCUAUGAAAGCUGUGGAGAAUAGUAGUACAGCAAUUGGGAUAAGAUGCAAAGAUGGGGUCGUCUUUGGAGUAGAAAAACUAGUUCUGUCCAAGCUUUAUGAAGAGGGUUCCAAUAAACGUCUCUUCAACGUCGACCGACAUGUGGGAAUGGCAGUAGCAGGACUGCUGGCAGAUGCUCGUUCUUUGGCAGACAUAGCUAGAGAAGAGGCUUCUAACUUUAGGUCCAACUAUGGCUACGAUAUUCCACUGAAGCAUCUUGCAGACAGAGUGGCCAUGUAUGUGCAUGCAUACACACUGUACAGUGCUGUCAGACCCUUCGGCUGCAGUUUCAUGUUGGGGUCCUAUGAUGAUGAUGAUGGUGCACAGCUGUACAUGAUUGAUCCAUCAGGAGUUUCAUACGGUUAUUGGGGGUGUGCCAUUGGGAAAGCCAGACAAGCUGCAAAAACAGAGAUAGAAAAACUUCAGAUGAAGGAAAUGACCUGCCGUGAUGUUGUUAAAGAGGUUGCAAAAAUAAUCUACAUAGUUCAUGAUGAAGUAAAGGAUAAAGCUUUCGAGCUGGAACUCAGCUGGGUUGGAGAAAUAACCAAUGGAAAACAUGAAAUUGUUCCCAAAGACAUCAGGGAAGAAGCAGAAAAGUAUGCCAAGGAAUCUUUGAAAGAGGAAGAUGAAUCAGAUGAUGACAAUAUGUAACACAUUGUUACUUUAAGACAAGCUCAACUUUUCUUAACUUACAGCAGGUUUGUUUAUAUUGUAGUAAGCAUGGGAUGCUAUUGUGUACUUGUUGGAAGAAACUGAGUGACCAACUUGCACUAAUAAAUUUUCCAUUUUACUGUC